CGUGAAAUAUCUUUGCAUUUAAAACUGAUGUUUAAUCAAUGAUCUGAUAUAAAAAAAUCCGCCAACUUGUGUUUUGAUCUUCAUUUUAAAUUUCCCGUGUGCUCAGGCGGUUGAUCAACAAUGAAGACAGAUAUGAGAAAAAACUACAAGUCUUCGUGGCCUAAAUUAAUCGCUCGAAAAUGGCUGAAUAUACCGAGUGGAGCUGACGAAUUUCAGUCCGACUACGACAUGAACGACGAAACUGAUCUAAAGAGUUGCUCUGACCAGGAAAAUUUCUCAGAAGGCUGGUCAACGGAAACUGCCAGCGAGAUUAGACCGUCGAGAAGUAUGCCGGAGCCACCACCUGUCACCGGUUCACUCAACCUCAGGAUGUUUGUAGGGACAUGGAAUGUCGGAGGAAAGUCUCCACACGAGGGUUUGAACAUAAGUGAUUGGCUAGGCUCGGCUGAUAUCUACGUUCUUGGGUUCCAGGAAAUCGUUCGGCUAAAUGCCAGCAACGUGCUUGGAGCCGAGGACAACGAACCGGCUGCCAAAUGGCUUUCCCUUAUUCGUGAAGCUUUGAAUUCCGACCAAAGUGACCAAGAACUUGCUCAACGUGAUAGCAAUGCCACUGAAGAAAGCAGUCCAUCCUUGCUGCACCUUGAGCAGCAAGCAAUCCCGAAGCCUAGGAUCAGUUUUAGUGAUCUACUCUCAAUUGAAGAUGAACUUGGACAAGAGAAUUUCGAAAGAUUGCUAAGUUUCAAUUCUGAUUCGGUCGAGGAAGGCUCUCCUAGCCCGACCUACAUGUCUGGCAGUCUGACCCGGCAACGCUUCUGCCUAGCUGCCAGCAAGCAAAUGGUAGGGCUUUUCUUGUGCGUAUGGGUUCGAUCCGAUCUUUACAAGCAUAUCAGCAAUCUGAAAGUCUCAUGUGUUGGCCGUGGCAUCAUGGGAUAUCUUGGAAACAAGGGUUCGAUAUCCAUUAGCAUGACGUUGCACCAAACGACAUUUUGCUUCGUUUGUACCCACCUGACUUCCGGGGAGAAAAAAGGGGAUGAGAUCCGAAGAAAUUCUGAUGUUGCGGAAGUAUUAAAGAGAACAAGAUUUUGUCAUUCUUUUAGAGAUAUUGGUCGGCCAUUCCCCCCACGGAGCAUUUUAGAUCAUGAUAAGGUUAUUUGGUUAGGGGAUUUGAACUAUCGGCUCGCUCCUGGUUGUGCUGAUACACUUGAUUUACUGAACAACAAUGACUGGCAAGCGCUUCUAGAGAAGGAUCAGCUAAGGGUCGAACAAAGGGCGGGUCGGGUGUUUUCCGGAUGGGAAGAAGGCAAGAUAUACUUCGCUCCGACUUACAAAUAUCUCGCCGACUCUGACGACUAUGUCGUCCAAACAUAUAACUCGAAAGAAAAACGACGAAUCCCCGCCUGGUGCGAUAGGAUCCUAUGGAUAGGUGAGGGACUUAAGCAGGUUUGGUACUCGAGAGGAGAGUGUAGGUUCUCGGAUCAUAGACCGGUUUAUUCUCUCUUCUCGGUCGAAAUGGACUUAUCAAACAAGCAAAUACCUACUACUAGAUCAUGCCCUCCGAGGUUUUCGUCAAAAUCUGCCUUGACUUCAGCUUGUGGGGGAAAGGUCCAAGCUGAGGAGCUGUUGGUAGUUCCCAGAGCACAAAGCUCUGCAUAAAGACAACUAAAAUUCGAAGUUACAGCUGAUUCCCAGACCAUAAAUACUGAUAUGCUCGUGGUGGACUAACGUGACACUUGUGUUGUCGACGACGACGACCUCGAAGUGAUGAUGGACAGCAGAUGCAUUUCCCGGGUCCAUGAAAUAAAGUGGGUUUGGCGGUCAUUCCUGAUAUUUUUGAGAAAGCAAUGAUCUCAAUGUAAAUAUGUGCACAAACAGAUAAAGCAGCAGCCAGAAGGGGGUUUGAAGCCCAUGCUUGUUUUUUGUUCAACUGGAAGAGGGUUUUUUUCAGAUUUGUUUUUGUUUCAUUUGUAUAACAGAUGAGAGUACUUGGAUUAAAGUGAAAAAUGUAAAUGAAAAAAAGUAAACGUGUUCGCAGAGAAAGAACUUUGAUUAACAAUGU